AGCUCACAAUCUCAUCGUCUUGAACCUGAAAAUUAGAACCACAUCAGAGUUUCAAGAAACAACCGACAACCUGCGCAACAAAGAUUGCUAAACAAUGGCCAAGCACAUGGGUUUGAUAGGCUGCUCCAUCGUCGUUGUGCUGUCUUUAUUAUUUGCAGCAUCCGAGGCGGCACGAUACAACGUUGGCGACAGAUUUGGCUGGAGCGUCCCUCCCAAUGAGACCUUCUAUUCAGACUGGGCUAGCUCCAAGACCUUCAUCGUUGGAGACACUCUUGUGUUCAACUGGACUGGAAACCAGAACGUGGCUGAUGUACCAAUGGCGGAUUACAACAACUGCAGCACCGACGCGAUCACGUUCACCGGAAGUCCGAACAGGACGGUGUUUAUGAUUACUCUGUUGUAUCCUGGGCCUCGCUACUUCAUCUGCACCGUCGACGAUCACUGUGCAAGAGGCCAGAAGUUCAGUAUCAACGUUGAGUGGCCAUUCUCUUCCGGUCCUUCUCCUUCAGCUCGACCACCAUCUUAUUCUUCUGCUCCGUCUCCAUCUUUUGGGGUCUAAUUAGCUCUCAGUAUUUCUCUCCAGUUAAUUAGACUAUGGCUGUCUAUUUAAUUUCUUCACCCGCAUUUAGGUUAUAUAUUUUAUAGUUUAUUUCAACAAAUAAUGGAUGUGCUGCCACGUGGGUGUAUGUAUAGUUUGAGAAUAUUAUGUUAUGUUAAAUAAAGCAGUUGGUUGUGAUU